AAAUGGCUUCUUUUACAGUAGGUUGAGUGAGAGCUUCUUUUACUUGAUGGAAUAAUUAAGGGUUUAUGUAGGGGUGAUAAGAGACUUUUGAUGGGAAAUUGGGGGCAAAAAAGGGCGAAAUUGGCAAAAUUUAUGUGGUGUGAUAAGAGAGCUUUUAUGUACCCCGCUAAUUCAGCUAGGCUAAACUGCACUUUAGUAAAGUGAUCUAAAAAUCGUUGAUUUAUAUGUCAUUCGAAAGAGCUCGGCGAGCUGAGUCGAAUGCCACCAAAAUUUUUCCGCGGAAAAAAUUCUGAGCCGAGUUACAGACCCCUAAAUUUCAAAAAACCAUAGGGGGGACCAAGCUGUUUUCUGGGGGUGAAAAAUUCGAAUAUGCAAAUUAUACCUCAUUCGAAAGAGCUCGUCGAGCUGAGUCGAAUGACACCAAAAUCAACGAAAUCUGACUUGAUUUGACAAAGUUAUGAUCUUUUAUUUUAGCUCCUUACCUAUGGCAUCUGUGGAGAUUUUCGCUGCUAAGGAGGCCCCAAAUACGUCCAGAGCAAGGGAGAUAGGAAUAGGUUUAUGUUACGAGCCCAGACCCACCGCCCGUAGACUCCCCGCGAGGCGCGUGCCGCAAAACCCCGCGCGAAGCGCGGGGUUUUGCACAAGCGCCUCGCCGACGCCCCAUAGGUUUAGGUUUUAGUUCUUCUAUCGUAACUUUGUCUAAUCUUGUUCAAUUACGGUGAUUUUGGUAUCAUUCGACUCACUAUAAGGAGGAAGCCUAUCUCUUGCAGCCUCAU